GGUGGCGCACGCGCAGUGAAGGGACCUGACCAGAGGCUUCACAAAAUGGCGGCGGGGGCCUGGGUUGCCUGGCAGUCAAUGGCUGAGAUGUGACCCCCCCAGCUGCCCUUGGGAGCCCCAGUGUGGGCCUGGCCGGGACGGAGCCCCCAGCAGGCCUGGUCCUCUCCUGCCAUGGAGGCCGCGGCCGUGGAGGAGGGCGAGGUGACCUCUGGGAUGCAGUCCCUGGUGGUGGAGGAUGCCCCGGAACUGGUGCCGGCUGCAGCGGAGGACGACAGGCCAGCGCCGGAAGAGGCGGAGGAGCAGGGGCAGGAGGAGGAGGCUGGGUGGUGUGUCCCCUGCAGCGACGAGGAGCUGGAGGCCCCAGAGGCCUGGAUGCCGCCGCCUGAGGAGAUCAGACGCCUCUACGAGCAGAUUGCUGCCGAGGGCACCCUGCCGCUCCAGGCCGAGAUCCUGCCCCGCAGGGCCCCCACCCCUGAGCCCGACAGCGAGGAGGAGGAGAGAUCCGAUGGGCAGCCCGAGAGCGAAGAGGAGGAGGAGGAGAAGCCCCACGUCCCGACCGAGUUUGACUUUGACGAUGAGCCUGUGACGCCCAAGAACCCCCUGAUUGAUCGCAGGAGAACAGCAGGCGGCUCGCGCAGCCAGAAGCGGGAGGCCCGGCUGGACAAGGUGCUGUCGGACAUGAAGCGGCACAAGAAGCUGGAGGAGCAGAUCCUGCGCACGGGCCGCGACCUCUUCCAGCUGGGCAGGGAGGAGGCGCCGUCCCCACAGCGCCCCGCGGGGCUCUUCCUGCGCCAGCGCAAGUACUGACCGCC